UCCCGCCCGCUUAGAAAAACGUCAGUAAGCGAUAGUGCAGACAGCUGACCGACUGCCUCUCUUCACGAUGAAGGCGGUUAGUGCCAGAAAGUUUCAAGUGCAGAAAGGGCGCUUUUGCUGACAUGUGCAGCUUCACGCUGCUCACACGUUGUCCCUAAACACCCGGAAUCGCCUGGUCAGCCGGGAGGAACCUGUACGUCCAGAAAAGUGCGUGGAGAUCAUUCGGGAAAAAGCCACCACAGUUGCCUUGCGCACUCCCUAACCCAGCGGUCAUGUUCACCGCACGAAGAAGCUGGAACCCUGGUCAGUCUGCUUGCUUGCCAGAGCUGUGGAAGAAAGAAAUCUCAUUGGAUGCAAGCUCGGUGAAUUUACUGAUGAGCAGCAGUAAGGAUAGACCCUUCCAGUCUUCCGCCUUCCCAUCAUGCCACUCUGUGACCUCUGACCUCACAAGCUCUAGUGAGACAGGUGAUCAGCAACUGCUCAUACAAGCCCUGCAAGAUAAGGUGUGCCGGUUCCAGGCGCGCCUGCACAGUGAGGACGCCAGCAGGACGCUGCACCUGCAGCACACAUGCCAGAGUCAGGAGCAGCAUCUGCAUGACGCCCUGACCGGUGCCCAUCACCAGCAAGCCACGGCACAGGAGCGGGAGAGCCCGUGUGAGGCAGAGCCUUCUGAUUUCAGGCACCCCUGUUUGGGAAGCUGCUCGACCCAGGUACCCCAGAGCCCGGAGAGGGAGACGGCACCGCUGCCGGUGGAGGGGCACAGCACACCGGGCCGACUGCGCAGUCAAGAGAAGGACCAGGAGACUCUUAUAAGCAGCCUCUGCAAACAGGUGGAGGACCUGAAGGUGAAGUUGCUGGAUCAGUCCCGGGAAGUGGUCCGACUGCGCUCUGAGCUGGGAGCAACAGACCUGGAGAAACACCUUGAGAUCUUGGUGUCUGAGAACGAGAGGCUCAAACAGGAGCUGAGCGCCUGUGGGGUGUCACUGCCUGAUGCUGCAGUGUCACUGCCCGAUGCUGCAGUGUCACUGCCCGAUGCUGCAGUGUCACUGCCCGAUGCUGCAGUGUCACUGCCUGCCUGCAUAAGCUGCCCGCACCUCCAGGAUGCGGAGUCUCUGCGUGCUGAGGUGGCACGGCGAGACCAGGAGGCCCAGCAAAGGGAGAGGAGGCUGGCAGAGCUGGAGAGGAGGCUGCAGGAGAGGGAGACCCAGGUGGCGCAGCAGCAGCACCAGCUCGAGGAGGCACUGCGGGCUCGCAAGGAGGUGCAGUGGACUCUGGGCGUCCAGCUGAAGGAAUGCCAGCAGGCCCUGUCCAAGCAGGCAGCUCAGCCCCCUCAGAUAAGGUACGUCACUAAGACCGUAGAGGUGGAGUCAGCCCAGGCUAAGGCGGCGCUGUCGGAGGCCCAGGCCCGGAACCGGGCUCUACAGGAGCAGCUGCUGGCACAGAGGCGCCUCCUCUACGAGCUGGAGCAGCAGCUGCAGGAGUCGCAGAGGACAGGCAGCCAGCUGCGCAUACAGAUACUGGCAUAUGAGGGCGAGAUGGAGCGGGCCCAGAGCCAGCUGGAGGCGGAGCUGCAGACACUGGAGGAGGAGAAGAACCGCAUAAUCGAGGAGGCCUUCAUAAGAGCUGAAAGUGAGAUGAAGGCUGUGCACGAGAACCUGGCAGGUGUACGGAUGAAGCUGCUAACCCUACAGCCUGCCCUUCGCACGCUCACCUGCGACUACAACUGUCUGAAGAGGCAGGUGCUGGACUUCCCCUUAAUGCUGAAGAAAGCCAUAGCAGAAGCCAAAACAGAGAUCAGCCAGGUGAUCGAGGAGGUCAACGCUGCGAACCAGGAGCUACUGCGGAGGUACAAGAGGGAGAUGAACUUACGGAAGAAGUAUCACAACGAGCUUGUCCGACUCAAAGGAAACAUCCGUGUAUUCUGCCGAGUUCGGCCUGUCAGCCAAGCGGAGCUAAAUGAAGACAAGAACGUAGUAACCUUUGACCCCAAUGAUGAUGCUGUCCUGCAGUUGUCCAAUAAGGGAAAACCACUUAUGUUUGAGCUAGACAAAGUUUUCCCGCCUGAAGCCACUCAGGAGGAGGUUUUCCGGGAAGUUCAGUCUCUGAUAACCUCCUGUAUCGAUGGCUACAACGUGUGCAUUUUUGCCUAUGGACAGACAGGCUCAGGGAAGACAUACAGCAUGGAGGGAGUGGAGAACAACCCAGGCAUUAACCAACGCGCACUACGGUUGCUCUUCUCGGAAAUAUCAGAGAAGGCUCCAGAUUGGCGCUUUAACAUCACUGUCAGCAUGGCGGAGAUCUACAACGAGAUACUUCGGAACCUACUAGGAGACGAUCCCAGUGAAAAGCUGGAUAUUAAGAUAUGCCCAGAUGGCAGUGGUCAGCUGUACGUGCCUGGACUGACGGAAAUUACCGUGCAGAGUGUAGAGGAUAUUAACAAGAUUUUUGGACUUGGCCAUGUGAACCGGGCGACAGCCUGUACCAACCUGAAUGAACACAGCUCCCGUUCUCACGCUCUGCUCGUCGUCACUGUCACCGGCUUCAACACCACCACUGGUCAUCGCACAGCAGGAAAACUGAACCUUGUGGAUCUUGCCGGGUCGGAGCGCAUUGCCAAGUCGGGUGCUGAAGGCAGCCGCCUGCGGGAGGCGCAGUGCAUCAACAAAUCCCUGUCUGCCCUGGGGGACGUCAUCCACGCCCUGCGCGCCAAGCAGCCGCAUAUCCCCUUCCGCAACUCCCGUCUCACCUACCUGCUGCAGGACUCGCUGAGCGGGGACAGCAAGACCCUCAUGCUGGUGCAGGUUUCCCCAUUGGACAGCAAUACGUGCGAGUCCGUUUGCUCCCUGAAGUUUGCCCAGCGAGUGCGGACUGUGGAGCUGAGUGCCGCGGCUGGCCGAAAGCACACCGAGAACUCCUCCACGUCUUCCUCUCCCACCAAUGACAGCCUGGAGCUGGACUCUCCACCCAUGACCCCCGUGUCCCUGCCCCUGUCCCGUGCCAGCAGCGUCAGCUCCAUCAUCAGCAUGACGGCCAGGAAACCGGGCAGCAUGCGCAGGAGGUCACCAUCUCAGCAGGCCUCAGGAAAAUCAAAACUCAUUGCAAGAGACGACAGAGUGGUAGAUGCAUAAGGUCACUGAAGCUCUGAA